CUACCCCACUGCUGUUCCUCCCCAACUCCUAACUAAUCGACACGCUCGUGCAGCAGGGUCCCAGACCCUCAGUCGGAGGAGAUGAGCAAUGUCUUCUGCGCAGCAUGGCGGAACCCGUGCGCGGGGCGCCAUCAUCUAGGCUUGCUCUCGCCGGUGCGCUCCGCCCUUCGCGCCUCUUCAACGUCCUCAUAUAGAUUCUCACCCGGAAAAUCAUCCACCACCUUCUCCCUGUCUGCCCCCAAACCGCUAUCGCUUCCGCGCCCAACCGCGACGCGACCGUUCGCACCCCCGGCUCUUGUCCGGUGCCUCCACUCCCGACCGACCCCCCCGCCGCCGGAACAUGGCGUCCCAGUGCGCCCCGAGCCCUUCACCGAGGCCGAGAUUAAGGCGAUCUUCGGCGCCCGCACGAAGUUGACCCCUCAAAUGGGAAACCGCGUUUUGGCAGUCCUCCAGGGCAGACGGGAAGCGGGGACCUUGGAUCUUGACCUCCCGGCCGAUAUCACCCGCUCCGCCCGCCCCGCGACACUCGAUAAGGCUCUGACAUGGUUGAGAAACAACCACCCCAUGGACGAGGAUGCCGCGAUCCUGGCGCGCGUGGAGCGCGAAGAACGAGAGGAGGAAGCCAAGCUCAUUCGCCGCGCCGAGGACCUGGGUCUCUACAAGCCGCAGAGUGGCUCUUACGAGGCCGAGCUGGGCGAGUCCCAGGACCCGUCGGGAAAAAGUGUCUUACAGGAAGCGCGCAAGUUUAACGAACAGCGACUGCUGGCGGAGCAGGAACGGAAACGACAGGAAUGGCUGGAGGGCGAAGAACGCCAGCGUCAAAUGUACGAGCAGCAGAUUCAGAAGCAUACGGCGUUGCAGAAAUCCGACGGCGAGCCGGCUUAUGGAGUCCAGCAACGCGCGGAUCCCACUGAGCGUCCUCUCCUGGCUUGGGUGCAGAAGCACCAUUUACAAGCCAUGGACACCACCAUCGAUGCGACCAAGAUCACUACCAGCCGGCGUAUCUUCCCUUCUCUUGCAGUUGUCCUCCUCACAAUCGGCGCGGGCUACGUCUUCGCCCAGACUUACGAACCGCCCGCGAGAGCAGACCGCAUGUGGCCUGAUACGCCCCCGGCGGCAGCGACCGUCGCAGCCAUCAUCGGCAUCAACCUGGGUAUCUGGGCCUUGUGGAAAGUCCCGCCUGCAUGGCGACUUCUCAACCGCUAUUUCAUCAGCGUCGCCGCGUGCCCCCGCCCAUUGAGCAAUAUCGGCGCCGUCUUCAGCCACCAGAGCCUCAAGCACCUCGGUAUGAACAUGCUUGUUCUGUACUACAGCGGCACAAAACUCCACGAUGAAAUCGGCCGAGGCAACUUCCUCUCUCUGUACUUGGUCGCCGGCGUCAUGGGCUCGUUCACCUCGCUAGCGGCCCACGCCCUGACCGGCCAGUUAGCCGUGACAUCCCUCGGAGCCAGCGGCGCCAUCGCAGGCCUGAUAGCCGCAUUCUGUGUGCUCAACGCAAACCAAAAACUCACCAUCGCCUUCCUCCCCCAAGAAUGGCAACACACCAUGUCCGCCAACGGCUGGGUCUUCCUGACCGGCAUCGUGGCCCUCGAAUUCCUCAACCUCAUUCCGGCCCUCCGCUUCUUCAGAGUCGACAACUAUGCUCAUCUGGGCGGGUAUCUCUCUGGGACUAUCUUUGCCCUGGCUUAUAAGGAUCAGCAGAGGAGGAAGAGGGAGGAGAUGCCUUGGUUCAAGAGGGCUUUUUUGGAGUAGACCUUGCUUUUUGACUUUGUUGGUUUGGGUGUGAUAUGUUUGGUGGCUGUUGUUUCCCUUCUCUACUCUUGUUUUACUAGCUGGCGCUUUUGUUGUUAGGUAGGCACUAUUGUUUGUGUGCUGCUUUGUAUCU